UUAGAAACUGAACUCAGAACUCCAGCUGGACAGAGUGCUUGUUGUUGAGAGGGUUUAGCUGACAGUAACUGUAGCAACUACUGACUAGUGGGUUGAAGUAACUAACUAGUCAGGAUGAAAACCAUCCUGGUUGUGUCUUGCUGUCUGCUCUCUGCUGUGUGUGUUGAGAUGUCAGCAGGGAUCCAGGCGUCUGGGGAGGAAGGAGGAGAGGUUGAGAUCAGGUGCACUAUGGACAAUGCAGUGCUGUCCAUCACAGAUAAUGAUAAGUACUUCUGUAAGGGUGAAUGUUCCUCCAACAGUGACAUUCUAGUGCAGACUGAGGGGAGUAAAAACUAUGCAAAGAAAAAAAGAUAUAAGAUCCAUGACAGUAGAGAUGGUGUCUUCACUGUGACCAUCUCUGGACUGAAGAACUCAGACUCAGGGACGUACUGGUGUGGAGUCAGUAGAUCUGGACCAGACCUAUUCCAGGAGGUGAAGCUGACAGUGAGGAAGGCUACACCUAGACCCUCCACUGUGAAGCCCAGACCUGUAACACCGUCAUCUAACCUUCCUACAACGUCCUCUAACCUCCCUGAAACAUCUCCUGACCUCCCUAUAACGUCUCUAACCACUAAGGACCUGGAAAAUACAUCAUCUGGAUGGGGUAUGUUCGUGGCGUAUGCCAGCGUGGGCCUGGUCGUCACGGUGAUCGUGUUGGCCCUGGCCCUACUGGUGUUCUACAGGAAGUGGAGAGCAGGAAACAGGAAGUCACCAGAGCUCUCUGACUGCCUGGCCCUCGACAACCAUGCUGCAGGACAGGGUGACUGUCUCCAGGGUGACUGUGUGUACAAUGAGAUCAGAAAGGAGGACAGACAGACAGACUCUCUCCCUGCUGGUGCCUCUAGUGUCACCUCUCCCUCAGCGAGGCCUGCUAGCUGCUCUGCUAGCUGCCCUGCUAGCUGCCCUGCUAGCUGCUCUGCUAGCUGCCCUGCUAGCAUCCUCAAUGACUUGUAUGCCAACGUUAGCUUAGCUAAAGAACCAAGCUACUCUACUGUGAUUUUCCCCAAAGACGCUAUCAAUCCCAGCUGCUCCACUGUGGGAAUCUCCCCGGAUGGUCCUGCCCCUGUCAUCUACUCCACUGUGACACACAGAGAUUCUAGAAUCCCAGCUCCUCCCACUGUGACCUCAGCAAAUGGAACUCCAGAAGAUCUUGUCUACUCCAUGGCCCAGUUACCUGAAGACCCUCAGCCCUCCUCGGGGUAGGGGGACUGAGACACACCAGAGACUCUCUCACAACAUUACAACACCACAGAACAGGUUGAAGUGCAGUUGGUCUAACCAGGUCCUGGACUCUGCAGCUGGAGAACCUGGAGCAGAGGUCACUUCACAUAAAUAACCUCACAUUUGAAAAGUGUCACGUUGUAGACAAGCAAAUAAAAUAUUAUUCAAGGUAAACUCUUAUCGACAUGGUCUGUAUUUAUGGUUGGGUGCUAAUAAAUAAAUGUGUGUGACUAAAUUUAAAUGUGUGUGUUUGUUGCUCAGAGUCAGUUUCAGCUUCAGACACUGUGGUUGUCACACAGAGAGAUUCCUAUAAGAUUCCUAAAUGUUUAU